GUUAAAUCAUUCAUAAAAGCGGGUGGUUUAGAGAUAAGAUUACGUGAUCUUAUAUGCCGCAUGUCACUAUUUUUUUUUUCUUUUUCACUUGCAGAUCUUAAAAAGGUAUUAACAACGGAAUGCUGCAGCCCUUCAUGUCCUACUCACCACCAUUCAAACACUGGCUUCUUGUAGCCGCAUUGCUUUUGCUCUGUUGCAAUUUAAACAUAGUCGCUGCACAACAAGAGAAUUUUUAUAAUACACAACAACAGCAGCAGCAACAACAACAACAACAGCAGCAGCAACAACAACAACAGCAAGUAUACAAACAAAAUAAUCCUCAAAAUCCAUUCCCUGGCUCUCAAGCCUACAAUGAUGUGAAUCAACGCUUCAAUAAUGAUCCUUAUAAUCAGAAUUCCAAUACGAAUCAGAAUCUCAAUACGAAUUUUAACCAAAAUACAAAUUAUAAUACGAAUGAUCCCGAUGGCACACGCUAUCGCACCGAUAACUUCAAUGAUUUGCCAGUUGAUGAACGUCCGAAUGCGGGCUAUGGCGGUGAGGAAGAUUUAAGUUUCGGCCGCGGCAAAACUUCGUACAAUGUAAAAGCAACUUUCUUAGAAUCGUUCCAUACGCGUGAACCGACUUAUUUUAUUGUUGCAUCACGCAUGGUGCGACCUGGCCUCAUCUAUAAGGUUGCGGUAUCGAUAUUGCGUGCUCAGUACCCAGUAACGGUGCAUGCCAGUAUUUCGUGUGAUGGUGUGCAGAUCAGUGGUUAUUCCAAAGAUGUAAAAGUGGGCGUACCCGAAACGAUGUUGAUGCGCGUGCCGCCUACGAGCGUCAAUGGCGAGUACAAACUGCGAGUAGAGGGUUUUUACCAAGAUGUGUUCGGUGGUUUGGCCUUUCUGAAUGAAACACGCUUGGAUUUUUCGCAACGCUCGAUGAGUAUAUUCAUACAAACCGACAAACCUUUGUACAUACAGGGCGAAACUGUGCGUUUCCGUUCGAUACCGAUCACAACUGAGCUGAAGGGCUUCGAUAAUGCAGUUGACGUUUAUAUGCUGGAUCCGAAUAAACAUAUUUUGCGGCGUUGGCUAUCACGCCAAUCGAAUCUUGGUUCCGUCUCUUUGGAAUACAAACUCGCUGAUCAACCCACCUUUGGUGAGUGGACAAUUCGUGUAAUUGCACAAGGUCAAGUGGAAGAAGGGCACUUCAGUGUAGAAGAGUAUUAUCAGACUCGUUUUGAAGUAAAUGUCACAAUGCCAGCAUUCUUUUUCACCACCGACCGGUUUAUUCAUGGCCGCGUGAUGGCCAAUUUCACCAGUGGUCACCCAGUACGCGGCAAUCUGACGUUGAAAGCAACGAUAAGACCUAUCGGAUACUUCAGUAAUCAGGUGCUAAACGAAAAAUUCCGUUUGGGACGUUCACCCACCGAAGAAGCUGCACGUUAUUUGCAACAUCAGAAUGAACUGUACUACAAUCAAUACAGUCCAGUGCCUACAACAGAAGAUGUUAAUCGUAAUCAAGAUAUGCUUUAUCGCAAUCAGUACGUUGUUGAGCGGCAUUAUGAAUUUGAAGAGGAAUGGCCUUUCUGGGUGCGCAAACCCGAUGUGCCUGAUACGUACGAUUCUUGGACGGGUAGUUAUCGUAAGACAUUACCUUAUUUGCGCUACUUCAACGGUACAUUCCAUUUCAAAUGGCCAGUACGCGAACUGGAGGUUUUGGUGCCACAACUGGAGGGCAUGGAAGUAUUAAUCACCGCUACAGUUGGCGAAAAAUUCUACGACGAAGUGACUUCAGGCUAUGCAAUUGCGCGCGUCUACAAUUCCAGCAUUCGUGUGGCCUUCUUAGGCGAGUCGCCACAAGUCUUCAAGCCCUCCAUGCUGUUCACCGCUUACCUGGCCGUAGAGUAUCAUGAUGGUUCACCAAUUCAUAAAAAUCUACUACAGCAAGGUAUAAUGGAUGUCACCGGCUUUGUGGAAAGCAAGAGUGGAGGCCGACGAGAUUGGCCACCGACGCGACUGCAAAUGUCCGCCGCUAGUCCUGGUAUCUGGGCUGUGAAAGUGGAUCUACGUAAUGAUCUACAGCUAGAUGAUCGUGCCCAAUCGCUGGAUUUCUUAAAUGGCGUAGAACGUAUGCGUCUGCAAGCGAGUUUCAUUGAUCCACGCGGUGAACGCACUCAAACAGAACUUCUGAUGGUGUCACACUAUUCGCCACGCAAUCAACAUAUCAUGGUUUCCACGAGCACAGAUACGCCGGUCGUUGGCGAAUACAUCUUCUUCCACAUACGUACGAAUUUCUACCUGGAGGACUUCAACUAUUUGAUUAUGUCCAAGGGUGUAAUACUGGUAAACGAUCGGGAAACAAUAAUAGAGGGCAUACGCACUAUCGCAGUUGUACUGAGCGCAGAGAUGGCCCCAGUGGCUACGAUUGUCGUUUGGAAGAUAACACUCGCUGGCCAAAUAGUUGCGGAUUCGCUGACAUUCCCGGUGAAUGGCAUUUCGCGAAACAACUUCACGGUCUACAUUAAUAACCGUAAAGCACGCACGGGUGAAAAGGUUGAAGUACAGCGCGUUUACACCAUGCAGGCAGGCAAUGAGUUGACAUAUGCGAAAAUAGUUACUAAAAUGUCAACAUUCGAUGAGCAAACAAAUGGCACACACAAGCACGUCUGGCACACGCAUGAGGGCACACCCGAUGAGCUAGUAUACUUACCCGCCUCGUCGUUCGGCAUCGACGCGAAUCGCACCUUCGCAUACAGCGGGUUAAUUGUGUUCACGGAUGGCUAUGUACCGCGGCGUUACGACGCUUGUAAUCGCACACUCGGUUACGGCGAGUGCCUGUCCGGACGUUGCUAUCCGCUAAAUAAGAAAUGCGAUGGGCUGUUUGACUGUGAUGAUGGUACCGAUGAAAUUGGUUGUCGCAUACGCAAUGACACAGAACUAAUAGAUUAUCGCAAGUAUCAUUUUAAUCGCAUUUUGCGACACUACGAAAAUGUUUGGCUAUGGAAAGAUGUAAAUAUUGGACCGCAUGGACGUUAUAUAUUCAAUGUUGAGGUGCCAGAUCGCCCUGCCUACUGGAUGGUGAGCGCCUUCAGUGUUAGCCCCUCGAAAGGUUUCGGUAUGUUGACCAAAGCGAUUGAGUAUGUUGGCGUACAACCGUUUUUCAUUAACGUCGAGAUGCCCACGCAUUGUCGACAAGACGAACAGGUUGGCAUACGUGUGACUGUCUUCAAUUACAUGACCACGCCCAUAGAGGCAACGGUAGUGUUGCAUGGCAGCAAGGAUUAUAAGUUUGUGCAUGUCGAGGAAAAUGGUAUUGUACGUUCCUACAAUCCACGUACCUCUUUUGGCGAGCAUCAGUUCUUCAUCUACUUGGAUGCACAGGGUACUACGGUGGUUUAUGUGCCGGUGGUGCCACAAAAGUUGGGUGAUAUCGAUGUAACAUUGCAUGUGGCCACCUUGCUGGGUACCGAUACAAUUACACGGCGUCUGCAUGUUGAAUCGGAUGGAUUGCCGCAAUAUCGCCAUCAAUCCAUACUCUUGGAUCUUUCGAAUCGCGCUUACGUACUUGAAUAUAUGCAUGUGAAUAUUACACAAACACCAGAGAUACCAUACCAAGUGGAUCGUUAUUUUGUCUAUGGCUCGAAUCGAGCACGUAUCUCCGUUGUGGGCGAUGUGGUUGGACCGAUUUUCCCUUCGUUGCCAGUGAAUGCUACUUCACUGCUCUAUUUACCUAUGGAAUCGGCGGAACAGAAAGCAUUCUCAUUUGCUGCGAAUCUGUACACAAUCAUGUAUAUGCGUUUGAUCAAUCAACGUAAUAAGACAACGGAAAAGCAUGCCUUCUAUCACAUGAAUAUUGGCUAUCAACGCCAAUUGAGCUUCAUGCGCCCAGAUGGCUCAUUCUCACUCUUCCGGUCGGAUUGGAAUAACUCUGCCUCGUCCGUGUGGUUAACUGCGUAUUGCGUCCGUAUUUUCCAGGAAGCUUCCUUCUACGAAUGGGAAAAUUUUAUUUGGAUUGACCCAACUAUCAUCGAGAAGAAUAUGCGUUGGUUACUGCAACAUCAGACGCCUGAGGGUGGUUUCUACGAAGUCACUUGGCUGCCAGAUCGCAAGAUGAAUCGCACGAAUUUUGCCAAUAAUACUAGUUUACAAAAUCGCAACGUUACGCUCACCUCGCACGUACUUAUCUCAUUGGCCUCGGUUAAAGAUCUUUCCGGUUCGCUGGGCGCGCGUGUUGCGCUGGCACAACAACGCGCCAUAUCAUGGAUCGAACGCAAUAUGCAAUUCUUGGAAGAUACCGAAGAGCCAUAUGACGUAGCCAUCACUGCAUAUGCCCUCCUACUCUGCAAGUCACCAAUGGCUGAGCAUGUCUUUUCGAUAUUGCGGCGACAUGCACGCGUAAUCGGUGAUUUUAUGUAUUGGGGUAGCAAAGAGGUGCCACAACCGCCAAAGAAAUUAGAAAAUCAAAAAUGGUUCUCACUACCGCGGCUGCCAUACGAAUUUGAUGCUAUGAAUAUUGAGACAACUGCUUAUGCGUUGCUAGUUUACGUCUCUCGCCGUGAAUUUAUUGUCGAUCCAAUAGUACGUUGGUUGAAUGCGCAACGUCUGAACGAUGGCGGCUGGGCAUCUACACAAGAUACCAGUGCAGCAUUGCGUGCGCUUGUCGAGUAUACAGUACAUUCGCGUAUAAGUGAGGUUUCAUCUUUGACGGUGGAAGUAGAGGCGUCAUCGCGCGGCAAAAUACAAGCCUUACACAUCGAUGACACGAAUUUGGCGCAGCUGCAAAGUAUUGAGAUACCCGAAUCUUGGGGAACAGUUAAGGUGCAAGCCAAAGGUGCUGGUUAUGCGAUAUUGCAAAUGCAUGUGCAAUACAAUGUUGACAUAGCGAAAUUCCAGACGAAACCGCCUGUGCCAGCAUUCGGUCUGCAUACUAGAGCCAUCUUCCACGGCAGAAAUCAGUCGCACCUAUCAUACGUCGCAUGUCAAAAUUGGAUUAAUACACGCGAAUCGGAACGCUCCGGUAUGGCGGUGCUUGAUGUCGCUAUACCUACUGGCUAUUGGAUACAACAACAACGUCUCGAUCACUAUGUGUUUAGCAAUCGUGUGCGAAAUUUACGUCGGGCUAAAUACACUCACCAGAAAGUUAUCUUCUACUUUGACUAUCUCGAUCAAGAAGAUAUUUGUGUUAAUUUCACUAUCGAACGUUGGUUCCCAGCGGCGAAUAUGUCACGUUAUUUGCCCAUACGCGUCUACGACUACUAUGCGCCAGAGCGCUUCAACGAGUCCAUUUUCGAUGCGUUACCCACAUACCUGCUGAACAUUUGUGAAGUGUGCGGCAGUUCGCAGUGUCCAUACUGUUCCAUUUACAAUAUGGGUUGGCGAGCUACUAUGUCUGUCUCACUUCUAUUCUUUAGCGUAUUAAUAUAUCUAAUGCGCAGUCGAAUGCAUGUAGUGCUUAAUUGCCUGUAUUUGUUCACAUAAGCCACCCUAAGAUAGUUAAAAACCCAGAUUUGUGCCCUUCCUGUAUACUUUUCCUGGUCCCAAUAUUUGAGUUUGUGUUUAAUAUUAAGCUUAGAAUUGAAGUUUUUUACCCUCAACUAUUAUUUUUUUUCAUAUACAAAUCUUUAGUGUUCACAUACUGCACACCAUUUAAAAUACCUAUAGUAUAAGCUAGAAAAGACAAGUGGAUGUAAUACAGUGGAAUAGCAUGCUCAGCUGGUUCCUUAGUCGCUCGAAUAUUUAUAU